CUUAUCUCACGUGAGGCAAAGUUUUCCCGCAAUUUAAUUUCGAAGGAAACACGACAACGAAGAGGCUCGUCUGUAUAUAUAGUGAUGUGUGACAGAAAAUAUAUCGAGACAUCCGUGAGACGGUGCAGUAGAUGCAGAAACCAUGAUAUCUUGGUGGAACUAAAGGGUCAUAAAAAUUUCUGUCAGUAUCAGAAUUGUUCCUGUCAAGCAUGUGCAUUGUUGGAUAAAAAGAAGGAGAUUUGUCGCCAGGCCAUUGCUCUGAGGAGAAAACAAGACAAAGGGAAAAAGGGUUCCUCGCAUGAUGUACAACCAGCAUCAUUUCGAUGUUACAUCAGACAACACCCUUACAGAAAUUUCCCAGGCCACCGUAUUAGUCCGCCUCUGGAGGAACCCCAAGUUACCACCACACUACCUAGCCUUCAGCCCGCUCCAAAUUACUUACAAACAAUGCAGGCCAAAACACCAUAUAACUCGCAUUUGAGGAGGUAUAUGAAUACAACAAGGAAUCUGGUAUCAGGGUAUCCUGGGAUCAUAUCUCCUUCAGUAGGCAUGACUAUGGGCACAAACACAGCGCCGUCUUUUGAUCCACUGAUGUGCACAGUAUACCAGCCAUCCCACCCAGGGCUUCGUCAGCCCCCAUAUGUACAACCCAGACCUUGUCUCUGUGAGCCCACCUAUACAACGUUAAAACCAGUAUCGCAUGUGGGCCUACAUCCCAGUGGAUCCGCGCCUUCCUUCAAUCAUAUGUUAUCCAUACCCUCGUGGAUUGAGAACCCUCUUUGGUAUGGACAGGAGCAAGUUCCAUACAGACCAUGGAUGUCCAGUCAGUAUAUAGCGCCACCUGCCAACGAAAGUCAGAACAGACGAAUGUAACCAUGGUCACGGUGUUAGAAAGCAAGAUUUCCUCCACAGCCACACACCCCCGUCCGGAAAUCCUGCUCUAAGAGUUGGAUCCCCCCCAAGGAGAAAUUGCAUUCCAGAUCCAAAUUUCUCCCUUCUUGUUGCCAUAUCAGACCCCGCCCCCUCUCUCCGCUCCAAUGUGAAAAGCUUACAAAAUAUUUGCAUUUUUGAGAAGAAACAAAUAUUUAUUUAACAUGAAGUGAAUUUUUAAUGAAAUCAUGUUCGAAUGAAUUAUUCUCUUGUUACUACUGUCUGUUUUUAACAACUAGAGUAGGACGCUCUUGAGUUUUUAUCUGAUCAUAAAUCGUGCAAUCUAAUGAAA